AUGGGAGCCGAGGAGAGGCGCAGAGGAGGCGGGCCCCGCGGCAGUCUGGCCGAGGCGCGAGGCCCUCCUCCCGCCUCUCCGCCUACUCCAUCCUCCGCCGCCUCAGCUUCCCCAGCGAGCCCUGCGGCCGCCGCAGCUGCUCCCGCGGCGGAGCAGGAGCCGGAUGGUCAGAGGAGCCCGGCAGCCUCAGCAGCCGCGGAGUCGCCUGGCCACCAGACUGACUGGCACAGUGGAGAAACCACCUCGGAAACGGAAAAGCAGGUAAGGACUGAAUUUGCUCUUCAAGAAAUCAUGACCUCAGGAGGUGCUGAAGAUGACAUCCCACAGGGAGAGAGGAAAACAGUCACUGAUUUUUGUUAUCUUCUGGAUAAAUCGAAGCAGCUGUUCAAUGGGUUAAGAGAUUUGCCACAAUAUGGGCAGAAGCAGUGGCAAUCCUAUUUUGGAAGAACUUUUGAUGUUUACACCAAACUCUGGAAGUUCCAGCAGCAGCACCGACAAGUCUUGGAUAAUCGGUAUGGCUUGAAGCGGUGGCAAAUAGGGGAAAUUGCUUCUAAGAUUGGGCAGCUAUACUACCAUUAUUACUUACGCACAUCUGAGACCAGCUAUCUGAAUGAGGCUUUCUCCUUCUAUUCUGCAAUCAGACAGAGAUCAUACUAUUCUCAAGUCAAUAAAGAAGACAGACCUGAGUUGGUAGUUAAGAAGCUACGAUACUAUGCAAGAUUUAUAGUAGUUUGUCUUCUUCUCAACAAAAUGGAUGUGGUAAAGGAUCUGGUGAAGGAAUUGUCCGAUGAAAUUGAAGAUUACACUCACCGCUUUAAUACUGAAGAUCAAGUGGAAUGGAACCUGGUGCUUCAAGAAGUCGCAGCUUUUAUUGAGGCAGACCCCGUAAUGGUACUGAAUGAUGAUAAUACCAUUGUGAUCACAUCUAACCGCCUUACUGAAACAGGAGCCCCGCUGCUGGAACAGGGCAUGAUUGUGGGACAGCUGUCCCUGGCUGACGCGCUCAUUAUUGGUAAUUGUAAUAACCAGGUUAAGUUCAGUGAACUAACUGUUGACAUGUUCCGGAUGUUACAAGCCCUGGAAAGGGAGCCAAUGAAUUUAGCUUCCCAGAUGAAUAAGCCAGGAAUGCAGGAAUCAGCUGACAAGCCUACCAGGCGAGAAAAUCCCCACAAGUACCUGCUCUACAAACCCACCUUCAGCCAACUGUACACAUUCUUAGCAGCAUCUUUUAAGGAGCUGCCUGCCAAUAGCGUGCUUCUGAUUUACCUGUCAGCCACUGGCGUUUUCCCAACAGGUCGUUCUGAUAGUGAAGGUCCUUAUGAUUUUGGAGGGGUACUUACUAAUAGUAACCGGGAUAUUAUAAAUGGAGAUGCCAUCCACAAACGCAAUCAAUCCCACAAAGAAAUGCACUGCCUCCAUCCUGGAGAUCUCUACCCCUUCACGAGGAAGCCCCUGUUUAUCAUCGUGGAUUCAUCCAAUAGUGUCGCAUACAAGAAUUUCACAAACUUAUUUGGACAGCCACUAGUCUGCUUGCUUUCUCCUACAGCAUAUCCAAAAGCUUUACAAGAUCAAUCUCAGCGAGGUAGCCUCUUCACGCUCUUUUUGAACAAUCCUCUAAUGGCCUUCCUAUUUGUCUCUGGAUUGUCAAGCAUGCGCAGAGGCCUGUGGGAAAAGUGUCAAGAAUAUCUUCGAAAAAUCAACCGCGAUAUUGCCCAGCUACUGACCCAUUCACGUUCAAUAGAUCAGGCAUUCCUCCAGUUUUUUGGAGAUGAAUUUCUUCGCUUGCUUCUCACGAGAUUUGUCUUUUGUUCAGCCACCAUGAGGAUGCACAAGAUUUUUCGGGAAACACGGAAUUACCCAGAAUCAUAUCCACAACUGCCAAGGGAUGAAACGGUGGAGAACCCUCAUCUCCAGAAGCACAUUUUGGAAUUGGCAUCCAUUCUGGAUGUUCGAAACGUGUUCUUUGAAAAUACCUUGGAUGACUAUUAAAACAAAAACCCUCUUGUCGAAA